CGAGGAGGGCGGCCGGGCGGCAGGGAGGGCGUGCGCGCGCGCUCCCGGGGAGCUCCCACCAGCGCAGCUCAGCGCAGCCCAGCUCGGCUCGGCUCUCCUCGGCUCAGGCUCCGGCUCGGCUCCGCUUCGGAUGUGCUGCGGAGGCGGCGGGGCCGGCGGCGGACCCCCACCCCUCGGCCGGGACUUCGCCCUGCGCUGCCUGGACGACCUCCGAGCCGCCGCCAAGAUGAUGUCCAUGAACAGCAAGCAGCCCCACUUCGCCAUGCACCCCACCCUCCCCGAGCACAAGUACCCCUCGCUCCACAGCAGCUCCGAGGCCAUCCGCAGAGCCUGCCUGCCCACGCCGCCGCUGCAGGGCAACCUCUUUGCCAGCCUGGACGAGUCCCUGCUGGCCCGGGCGGAGGCGCUGGCGGCGGUGGACAUCGCGGUGUCUCAGGGCAAGAGCCACCCGUUCAAGCCGGACGCCACCUACCACACCAUGAACAGCGUGCCCUGCACCUCCACCUCCACCGUCCCGCUGGGCCACCACCACCACCACCAUCACCACCACCACCACCAGGCCCUGGAGCCCGGCGACCUGCUGGACCACAUCUCCUCGCCUUCCUUGGCCCUCAUGACCGGGGGUGGCGGCGGAGGCGGCGGCGGGGGCGGCGGCGGGGCCCACGAAGGCUCCAACGGCGGCGGCGGGGGCCUGAUCUCCACCUCCUCGCACCCGCACCCGCACCCGCACUCCCACAUGCACGGCCUCAGCCACUUGGCGCACCCGGCGGCGGCGGCGAUGAACAUGCCCUCGGGCUUGACCCACGCGGGGUUGGUGGCGGCGCACCACGGAGGCGGCGGCUCGGGCGGCCAGGCGGCGGCGGCGGCAGCUGCUGCGGCUGCGGCGGCGGCUGCGGCGGGAGCUGCGGGCUUGGCCUCGUUGUGCGACUCGGACACGGACCCGCGGGAGCUGGAGGCCUUCGCGGAGCGGUUCAAGCAGCGGCGCAUCAAGCUGGGCGUGACCCAGGCGGACGUGGGCUCGGCGCUGGCCAACCUCAAGAUCCCCGGCGUGGGCUCCUUGAGCCAGAGCACCAUCUGCCGCUUCGAGUCGCUGACGCUGUCGCACAACAACAUGAUCGCGCUCAAGCCCAUCCUGCAGGCCUGGCUGGAGGAGGCCGAGGGCGCGCAGCGGGAGAAGAUGAACAAGCCCGAGCUCUUCAACGGCGGCGAGAAGAAGCGCAAGCGGACUUCCAUCGCCGCCCCGGAGAAGCGCUCCCUCGAGGCCUACUUCGCCGUCCAGCCGCGGCCUUCCUCCGAGAAGAUCGCCGCCAUCGCCGAGAAGCUGGACCUCAAAAAGAACGUGGUGCGCGUCUGGUUCUGCAACCAGAGACAGAAGCAGAAGCGGAUGAAAUUCUCCGCCACCUACUGAGCCGGGGAAACCCACCGACCCGCCGGCAGACCCACCCAGGACGGAACAAAACACUCCUCCUUCGCACCUUCGCACGAAAAGAAACUUUCAAAACAAAACGAAAGGGCGGGGGAGAGAGAUAAUAGAUCGAGACAGAG